UUCUGCAGGAGGAGCAGCUGGAGCAGGAGCCAUGUUGCUGUGCCCGUUGGCCCUCACCUUCAUCCUGAUGGUGGUCUCUGGCACCGAGUGUGAGGUGAAGGAUGUUUGUUCUGCAAGCCCGGGCAUCCCUGGCACUCCGGGAUCCCACGGCUCACCAGGCAGAGAUGGGAGAGAUGGGAGAGAUGGUGUCAAAGGAGACCCCGGACCUCCAGGCCCCUCGGGCCCCCCUGGAGGAAUGCCAGGCUUUCCCGGGCGUGAUGGGCCAGAAGGACCACCUGGCCCCACUGGUGAGCGUGGAGACAAAGGAGAACCUGGUGAAAGAGGCCCUCCAGGGCUUCCAGCUUCUGAGGAUGAGGAGCUCCAAAGCAAAUUCCGCGACCUCCGUCUUCAAAUCAAGCAGUCAAAGGGAGUCCUCAGUUUGCUGGGUUCCUUGCUGAUAGUGGGAGAAAAGGUCUUUGCCACCAAUGGGCAGUCGGCCAAGUUUGAUGCCAUUAAAGAGACUUGUAACAGAGUUGGCGGCGGAAUUGCAGUCCCGAAGAAUCCAGAAGAGAAUGAGGCCAUUGCAAGCAUCGUGAAGAAGCACAACACUUACGCCUACCUGGGCCUGACCGAGGGCCCCACCCCUGGAGACUUCUACUACCUGGAUGACAAGCCUAUAAAUUACACCAAAUGGUACCCCGGGGAGCCCAAGGGUCGGGGCAAAGAAAAGUGUGUGGAGAUGUACACAGAUGGGCAGUGGAAUGACAAGAGCUGCAACCAAUACAGACUGACCAUCUGUGAGUUUUGAGCAGGCAUCAAUGCCACAGGAGAGAUAGGGUCCCACCUAGCUUUCAAUCACCAACCUGUGGGUAGAUCCACCUGUAUAUCCUUUUCAACAACAUUUAUUUGUGGUUAUUCAAGUUGGAGGCAUUCUUAGCCACUCCACUCCCCAUUAAGGUCCUCCCUCUUCCCCCUUGAUCACGAAUCAGUCUGACAUGCCCCCUGGCACUCCCUCUCAGCACUGCUCUCUAGGCAGCCACUGCUACCUUUGCCCUUUGUUGAGAGAUUGAGACUUCUUUCUUCCUCCUCUUGUCCAGUUCCUUCAUUUAUAGGUGGUAACAGUGAGGUCCUGGGAUGGAAGAUCUCUCCAAAAUCACACAGAGGGUGCCUGCUUCCUGGCUACCUCUAUUCUUUCUCUG